AGAGCAGAGUUUGUUUGCGAGGCGGUAGCGAGGUAAGGUAUCAGAGAAAUGGAAGAGAGUGCAGCCAAGGCGAAGCCGAGCCGCUUGACCGCACUUCAGGAGCAGCUGGUCUGGGCCCUGCUGGGAUCUGGACUGUCCCAGGACGUCCUAGUCCAAGCAAUGGGUGAGCUGGAGCGAGAGAGGGCGAGUGCUGGCCCCGAGAAGGUAGAGAGGGGGGAUGGAGAGAGCUCCGAGGAAGGAGAAAUGGAUUUCCCACCGCCUAUAUUCCGAGAGCUGGAAAAGCUUUCAUCAGAAGAGGCGGCCAAACUGAGGGUUGAAGUUGACCAGCUACUGCAGGGGGAUCCCUGGCACGUUGCAAAAAUGGUAAAAAGCUACAUGCAGCAGCACAACCUCCCUCAGAGAGAGGUUGUGGAGUCCACAGGACUCAACCAGUCCCACCUCUCCCAGCACCUCAACAAAGGCACACCCAUGAAGAACCAGAAGAGAGCCGCUCUGUACACCUGGUACGUCAAGAAGCAAUGGGAGAUCAGCCAGCAAUUUACCAACGCCAAACAUGGCUUUGCAUCUGGGGAGGAGCAAGGAGAGGACACCAGGAAAGGACGGAGGAACAGGUUCAAAUGGGGUCCAGCGUCGCUGCAGAUCCUCUUCCACGCCUAUGAACGACAGAAAAACCCCAGCAAAGAGGAGAGAGAGGGGUUGGUGGAGGACUGUAACAGGGCAGAGUGUAUCCAGAGGGGGGUGUCUCCCUCCCAGCUUGCAGGCCUGGGCUCCAACCUGGUUACUGAGGUCCGGGUGUACAACUGGUUCGCCAACCGCCGCAAAGAAGAGGCCUUCCGUCACAAACUGGCUCUGGACACACCUUUUCCCAACCAAUCCGCCUCCUCUUCUAACCACGCCCUCCCACCAAGUCCUGAGCAUGGAGUGAAAUACAGCCACCAAAUCCUGUGUGACACUGUGAGCUCAGCCAGAGGUAACGGAGGGGAGAGGGUGGGACGUCUUGUAGUCAGCCCUAUCCAACUGGAGCCCAGCCACACACUCCUCGAGACACAUAACCACAAGCAGCUGUCCAGCAGUGGUCCACUGCCCCCAGUAAGCACUCUGACCUCGCUGCACAGUCUGUCUGCCUCGACUGCUUCCUCACAGAGCCUCAUCAUGGCCUCGCUGCCCAGCGUCAUGAGCCUGGGGGAGUCCUCACUUCUCAUCGGUUUAGCCUCCACGCCGCCUCAGACCGUGCCCGUUAUCAACAACGUGGGAGGCGCUUUCACCACUCUCCAGCCAAUCUCAUUCCAGCAGCAGCUCCACGCCUCUCACCAGCAGCCGAUAUCACAGCAGCUCCAGAGCCACAUGGGUGCCAGUCCCUUCAUGGCAACCAUGGCGCAGCUGCCGUGUCACAUGUACAACAAGUCGGAUUCGCCCCAGUACCAUACGUCCAGUCUGCUGUCUCAAGCCAUGGUGAUCACUGACAGCAGCAGCCUGGGGACGCUGACCAGCCUCGCUGCUGUCCGACAGAUUCUAACAGCAGAAUCUGAUGAACCGACGGAUCCACCUUUAGAAGACUCUCUACACCUGCAGCCGCACACACCUGUGGCAGCUUCUUCUGAGAGCCUAGAGCUGUAUCCCGCUUCUCAGACGACAGACAGCCAUCAAUCUCACCUGCUCUCGCCUUCACCAACAGACAUCAGCUCCUACAUUCCUACACAAAUGGUCUCUACAGCCCAGUAGAAGCUGCUCUGGCAAUGUAGCGUCUCCUCACUGUCUGGACUCGGGAGCGUGGCGGCGUUUUGGAUUGUCAGCUACCUCUGGUGUGAACUCCAUAGGGACGAGUUUCAAAGACUCUCUAAAAUGCCGUACCACUGUAAUACGAACAAGUAUCGACAUUAGAGAAGAUUCACUUUUGAUACAACAAUCAAUUGAAAAUCCACAUCAAAAUGUAUUUUUUAUUCAAAUGUUUAGUGAUACUCAGAAAUUGUACAUGAAGUUGAAACUUUUAAACCGCAUGUUACCUGCAUUUUUUUAUGUCACU